GGCAGUCCUACAGGGCUGCUGGAGCACAAACAGCCCAGCUGCAGUGCCACGCUCAGGGGAGUUAAGGAGCUCCGAUAUCCUGUAGGAAAUCUACUGGUACAGAUCAUACCUGCUCUCAUGGACAUCAUCUCUAUCUGAAAGCAAAAGUAAGACCAGUUUUUAAAUCAGUAUUGAUUAGCUGGGAGCUGCAUGGCAAAUUACUGCCUCAUACUUCAGUUAUUGAACAUUGCCCAGUUUACACUGAGCUCUGAUUCUCGAUCCAGGAGAAUGAGUCCAAAUACUUGCUGGCUUUGCAAGACAUUCAGAGCAGAAGAAAAUGGGAUCAUUUCUAAGGUAUCUUUGGAUGAAGUACUACAGUGGUCCCAGUCUUUUGAAAAAUUGAUAAGGAGUAAACAUGGACCUAUGAUCUACAAGACCUACUUGAAGACAGAGCACAGUGAUGAAAACAUAGAAUUCUGGCUUGCUUGUGAAGCUUAUAAGAAGAUCACAUCACAAAGAAAAAGGAUUUACGUGGCCAGGAAACUUUUUACAAGUUACAUUCAACCCCAGGCUCCAAAAGAGAUUAACAUUGACAGCCCAGUGAAGAAAUCAAUUAUCAGGAACCUACAAGAACCAACGCAGUCCUGUUUUGAUGAAGCACAACGAGUAGUUUACAUGCAUAUGGAAAGAGAUUCCUACCCUCGAUUUCUUGAGUCAAAGUUCUAUCAACAGCUCAAAUACAGACUCCGAACUGACAACAAUAUUCCAUCAGUACGUUAAAGACAAGGGCUGAAAACUUGCUCCUCUAGCCACAGUUUCUAAGACUUAAAGUAAACAAACAAACAAAAAUCACAGUAGAUUAGUAUUAAUAAUCAUCUGUUAUACUGUUCUGCUGAUGUUAGAAUUGAUGAAAAACUACUUUCCCCUCUUUCUUUUCCCAUGGAAGGGUUCUGGUUUGGGCUUUCCCCCAUCUCCUCCUCUCACCAGAACCCUGAAGUCCAGUGAAAAAUAAAGUUCAUAGAUCUUCAGUCCAAAAGA